CAACAUCUGGAGACCUAAGGUUGAAGAACAGGGCUCUAGAACACUUCUGCAAAAAAGAGGCGUUUCAAAAACAAAUGCCACCGACGCUGCAACCUUUUCUUUGGGCUGACGAACACAAAAUGAGAGUGGGGUGUGUGGUGAUAAAUGGCACCCCGCAAAAGGUCACCACCCACAUAAAAAAACCCCAGCCACACAGUCCACUUCAGUGCGUCCACAGUUGGACUGGAUUUGCUCCCCUUAUUGGCUUAUCUCCAGAUGAAUCCAAUUUUGGAGGGGGAAUCCUUGGAGGCUGAGAGGGAGGGCCCUGCUUAUUAGCUAGGCCUGCAGCCUGUAAGGGAAUCUCAACCAAUCAUGGUAAGGCAGCGAGCUCCAGGCCCGCCAGGAAAAGGAUGCAGGGAGGGAGGGCCACCUACGAUUUCCAGGCCAGGUGCUGCUAGAGCAUCAUUUUCUGUGGCAGUUACCACAGGGAAAGGCAUAGCAGUGGGUGAGGCCAGGCCUUGAGGGGGGAUCCUGAGUGAGUAGCAGGAAAGGCCAGUGGCAGGCCAGAGCCAGAGGCCCAAAGCCCAGUGAGACUGAGCUCAGGAAGCGGAAAGAAGUUCUGCCAGAAGCAGUUUGGAAUUUGGAGGAGGUCCUCAGGAGAAGCACAACCUGGUCCCUGUUUCCUUACCCCCACGUAAGAAAAAAAAGGCAGCACAGGAAAGAGGAACUGCAGGUGAUAAUUCUCACAUGGGGCCGCCAGCCUUGCACACAAACACACACGUGGGUCCGUGCAGGGGCAGCGGCAGGGCCCCCAACAUCACACCUGCACAGCCCCAUAAACCCCCUAGGUAGCCCUGCAAAGCCGGGGGGGGGGGGCUCCCUGCCUGUGACUUGGUUACAGGUCAAGAUAUCCAUGGCCAAUAAUAAUUACUUUAUUUGGUGACAGUAAAAAUGAAGCACUGAAAGGGGAUAGAGAGGCGAUUAUUCCGUUAUUAGCAGUGAGAAUGAGUCAGCUGUAAGCGAGAAAGAGGAGCAUAGGCUCUCCAUCGCCGCCCACUGGAUGAAGAGGGCAUGGCAAGGGUCUCAAAUGCUGACAGUACAGUACUGACUGCCAUAAUUGAGAAGGAAGAUGAAGUAAACACAUUCAUUUUAAAAUGGCACUUAUUUAUUUGUUUUGGAAUAAUAUGGGUUCAAGCCAACGGUCAGCCCAAAAGAACAUGAGGCAACACGCCAUUUCCUGGUUUCUCAGUUUCUCCCCCCUCCUCUACCUCUAUCCUGAAUGUCCUUAAGGGACACACACUGGCAAAUCCAGAAGUGCAGGGUGCCUUGAUGACAGUCACGGCUACCCCACCUUUUUUUUGCUGCUGUGUUGAGAAUAUGAUCCUUGUUAAUGCCCUCUCCCGCAGCAACUUUCCUAGGAGCUAAUCAGCAUGAAAGGGGAGAGUGUGGGCUACUCAGAAGAGUCUUCUCAGUGGCUGACUCGCCUCCUUUCACUCUGGUUGGCUCCAAUCAGCAGGAAAGGGCAAGGAAACAUGUUAAAAGACUCUUCUCAGUGGCUAACACCCACCCCUGUCAUUCUGAUUGGCUGGUAGGAUGCUGGAGACAUAGAGACCCUGCUCCCAAAAAAGUAGAGGGUCUAAGACCACCUGAGACCCUGGAGGGCUACACCUCUGCUUGAAAGCAAAGAGUCUGGAGAGAAAUUAAAAGUUUGCUGUGCUAUACAACAUCCAUUACUUAAUUGUUGAAUGCUCCAUUUUUCUCCUUUUCCUGGUUUUCGGAUGAUUAUAGUUUUUUGUGAAAAAACAACUUUUGAGUCGUACAAAGCAAUCCCAAAGCCGGUCACCCUCUUCCUGGGCGGCCUGGCGGAGGGGGAUGCGCAGGCCGAGCCCAGAGAGGGAGGCCUGUCGUUGGCAUUUUUCCUAGGUGAGCCGCUGGCCCGCCCGCCCACCUGCCCGCCCGCCGCGGAGUCUGAGGCUCCCACCAGCCUCCGCUUCAGCAAGGCGGCGGCGGCUCCUCCUCCCUUCAGAUGAGCGAGUGAGGCCAACGCUGCCCUCGAGCCGCCGGACGGGCGGAGGCGAGCGGCUUCCUUCCAGGCGCGCUUACUCCUGCGCUGGGGCCUCCGCCUCAUUCCGCCCAGCGGCCCUCCAAGUUCCCGGCGGGCCGGAGGAGCUAAGCACGCCGCAGGGGACGCCGAGAAGCCACGCACUCCCCGUGGCUGCGAGGCCAGCCGGGCGGCCGCUUUCCCACGCGGGGACGGCUCGCUCUUGGCCAGCGGCGGCUCAGUGGCGGCCGGCCGUGCCCGAGGUGCUCCAUGGCAGGCCGUUGCUGUUGUGCUCGGCGCAGGCGGGCAUGAAUGAGGCGCUCGCGGAGAGCCGAGGCCGGCCUCCUCCGGGGCGCGGGGCCGGCGAGGGCCGCCGGGUGCGGGCGCUGCUGGCGGUGGCGCUCAACCUGCUGGCGCUGCUCGCCUCGGCCACGGCCUUCGGGACGACGCACUGGUGCGAGGGGACUCAGCGCGUGCCCAAGCCCACCUGCGGCCCCCACAAGCGCACCAACUGCCUCGACCACGGCCACAACGAGACGGCGGGCAACGGAGCCGCCGCCAACGCGGUGCUCUACAGCUGGGAGACCGGCGACGACCGCUUCCUCCUCAGACGCUUCCACGCCGGCAUCUGGUACUCGUGCGAAGAGAACAUCAACGCUCCCGGUGAAAAAUGCCGAAGUUUUAUUGACCUUGCUCCAGCUUCUGAGAAAGGAGUGCUGUGGCUGUCGGUGGUGUCUGAAGUGCUGUACAUCAUUUUGCUGGUCGUUGGCUUCAGCCUCAUGUGCCUUGAGCUUGUCCAUUCCAAUAAUGUGAUUGAUGGGCUCAAGCUGAACGCUUUUGCAGCAGUCUUCACUGUGUUAUCAGGGCUCCUGGGAAUGGUGGCCCACAUGAUGUACACGCAGGUGUUCCAGAUGACGGUCAGCCUUGGCCCAGAAGACUGGAGGCCGCACUCAUGGGACUACGGCUGGUCCUUCUGCCUGGCCUGGGGUUCCUUCACCUGCUGCAUGGCUGCCUCGGUCACCACCUUGAAUUCGUACACCAAGACGGUUAUUGAGUUCCGGCACAAGCGCAAAGUUUUUGAGCAGGGAUUCCCUGAAGAUCCCAUCUAUGCAGACCACGAGUCCAUCAAGUAUUUCCACGGGAGGCUGGAGGAGGAAAAAGAUGAGACUGGGGACGUGAAGUUAGAGUGCCUCCGUGGCUACACCUCCAAUAGGGUCCUUCCAUAGCAGGCUUGCCUGGGUGGCAGAAAGAAUUCUGCUUUGUGAGUGAGCUGCAGGCAUUUGAAUUCUUGGAGCACAUCAAGGGUUUGGAAAUGGCCACAGUGUGUUGGGUAAGAAGCAUCCACUCACUCUGAAGCACCGACAUGAACUGAGUAACUUCUGGCAAGAGGGCCCAAAGCAGGGAAAGGCCCUUACUCCUGCCGCAAGGCCACCAUGUCCCAUUGCUCUGCUGCAGGAGGAGACUUGCCCGCAAUGGCUGCACAAUACCCAACUGUGAAGUCUGAGAGAAAUGUGAGCAGCCAAAAUGGCCAGAAGAGGUUCUCGCUGGCCUUACCAAGCUCUUCCACCAACGCGGCAACCUCUUCUCUGCUUUCAUUGGAGCUCAGCGGUCACUUCAUCUCCCCUGAAGCCAGGAAUCCAGAUGCUGCAGCCAUUGCUCGUUGGGCUGCCGACCGUAAGCAGAUAGAGCACUUGAACCCAAUUGCACAGGCAGCGGCAGCAGGACCUGGGUCCAUGGCUGCUCAUCCACGAUUAAGGCCAGCAUCUCCCCCAGUCAUACCAAGGCCAAACCUGUUCUCUGGGCCAGAGAGCAAGAUACUCAGAACCCCACUGCAAGAGCUUCCAGCUGCUGCAUCAGAAAGCCCAAUAACAACGCAUCAAAUGCGUGGCCAGCCUGCUGGGUAUGCAAAACUGGCAGAAAAAGAUUUGGGACCCGCUCAGAAAGAGGAAGACUUGAAGAGCAGGGACUUUGUGACCCGGAAAGAAUUACUGGCUAUGGAGCGAGAACUUGAGGAAGUCUGAGAAGAGCUGAAGUGUCUCAAGUGGAAGGUGAGGCACAUUGCGGAGACAGUCCAGCCUCUGGCAGAGGAGAUCAAGUGCUACAGUGGCUACACCUGAUGGAGCUGAAGGUGAUGGUGCAGUUUGAGAAGAACCCCUAUGAAGCUGCUCACAAAAUACUUGCACUGCUCUUCAGCGACAUCUAACUGCUGCAGUGUUUGGCAGCAGCUGAUCCAGCCUGCAACCCCAAGACCCUUCCCAAACCCCAAACUGACCUGGAUCUGUACAUGGUCUACUGCGACAUCCUGCAGUGCAUCUUUCCUGGAAUUAGCAGCCAAACCCUGACAGAGGCUGUGGCAUGUGUAGAAAGCUUGAAGCUGGCUUGAGAGACCUUCCUUCCCUGCCCCUGCUAGAAAACUGUGCUGCUGGAACAUUGCCUCAAAUUGUACAAGUGUUGCGGACAGGUAGUCUUGGCUAGUGCCAACCCCCAGUGUGCAGAACACCACAAAACUGGCUUUUAAAAGAUCAUGGCUUUUUUUUUUUUUUUUUUUAAAGAAACAUGUAAUAUUGUUGGUUUUUUUUUUUUAAAGUUAUAUCUUGCUUGCGACGCUGUUUUGUUUUACAGUAUUAAGGGUUAGUUCCUCGGUUGUCUGCUUCUUAGAACUGCCUUCAGGCUCCCUGUCCUGCUUUGUUGUGUAGCUCUGACAAAUGCUGACUGAGUAGCUGCUGCUGCAUCAUCUUUGGGUGAGGCGGGGCAAGCAGAAGCUCAUGUUCUGUGCAAAAAAGUGGAGCCAGUUUUGACCAGCACAUGCCUCUCUGCUGUUUGGUCAGUUCUCUUUUCCCUGUCCUAGCAGGCCACUGGUGCUUAGGGAUUAUUUUAGCCAUUGAUGCUGCCUUCAACUCUUACAAAAUUGUUACCUAACAGGUACUUUUGAGGGAGAGUGAGGCACAACCAGGAUGUGGUUUCAUGUGUAUGAGUUUGUGCACACUCGGGAAAGGAGAAAUUCUUGCUUGUUUUGUCAUCAGAAGCAAGCAAGAGUAUACCUACCCCCUAGCCAUGACUCACUGACCACAAUUUUACUUUCCCGACAGCCCUAACUGGGAUAAAUUUCCCUGGUCAUCUCCACCCUCCACCAUCGUGAAUCUGAGUGAUGGCUGCUGGCUGGUUGGUAAUGGAAAUGUCAACUUGAUUCAUUUCCCGCUGUUCUUUCUGGGGCAAGGAAGGAGGGCUGCUGCUCCUGGGCUGGAAACAGCCUGCCUUCUCAGCUAGGGUACUGGGGUGCGCACACACACCUUUCUCACUCCCCCUCCCACAAGGAGAGGGCAGCACUGCUUUUCUUCAUCCUUUGGCAAGGAACAGUUAGUGAAAAAUAAAAGGGUGUGUAUGUGGGAACAGCCAGUCUCCCGAUCCCACAAGAAGCACCACCCCAGACUUGCUUUGAAACAGGCUCUUGUGCGCCUCCAUUUCCAGUGCUUUCACAGCCUUCCUGAGCCCAUGAAAAUGGGGAGCUGCGUGCCCCAAAGAGGCAGCAGGCGAUAACGCUGGCCCUUCCAGGCCUUGGUAGACAGGCAAAAAAUGAGACAAAUGCAGGAAAGCCUUCACCUCUGUCACAAAGCACCAGAGCCUGCUGGAGACAGGAGAUUUUGCCAGGGCUCUGUGCUUACUGUUUGCACUGCAAGGUGCCUGAUGGCCUUGGGGGGUGUCUGUGUGUGUGCAAAAGGGCUGGGCCAAGGAGGGAUGAAAGUGGGGUAGGCUUGCUUUAAGGACAGGCUGCAAAAAGUUGCCAGAGCAACACUGGGGAGAGGCUGCUGCCAUCUGUGGGCAGGCACAGAAGUCAUUCCUUUCCUGAUGAAGGGGUUGAGGUGCUGUGCUGCUUCCUUCCUCUCUCCCCCCCUUCACGGCUUCCAUAGCCUGAUUUCACAGCACAGGAGGAGCUUCAAGAAGGUGAAAAGUCCCAUCGGUGCCUCAUCACUGCAUCAGUGCCUCCAGCCAGGCCCUGCUUCCAGACUGCCAACUCCUGCUCGAAAACCAUCCCCAACCGAAUCAACCAAACAGAAGGUUCAUAAGGCAGCCAUGUAAUAACAAAACACAGCAUCAGAAAAAGAGGAGUGUGUGUGUGGGGGAAAAGGAAUGCAUGGUCCCAAAAGCAGUAAGUUGUGACAACGUGAUAUUUUAGAGUCAACAUGCACAGUACACCAGCGGACAGUCUUAAUUGUGCAGCUAUUCACCUUUGCUGAAGGGACAUUCCCCCCCCCAAUGUAGCUUCUGCCCUCCAUGCAACACCAAGAGCAGAGGUGGUGCUGGUCCAUCAUGCACUGGCACUUCUGCUGCGAUAAAAGAAGGGGCC